AUAGUGAUUGCCGCGCGCUGACACGUCGAGAGGAGGCAGGUCUCCACCGCACCAUGUUGUUGCGGCGCUGCGUGGCACUGUUCGCCCGGGACUGCGUGUGAGGGACUGCGCACAUGAGCCACGCAUGGCCCGGGUCCUGGCUCCGUCAGCAGGGGUGAGGUAGCUGUCAAGGCCGGAGAGGCGAGCUUUUUACGCCGCUAGAACCCCCCACCACCACCACCUCCAGCAACCUCCCAUGGGUGUCGCUGCUGCCGGGAGCGUCUUCACUUGGCCCGCAUGCAGCCGCGUCGUGCGGUGCGGCAAUCUGCAGAGUCGCUGGGCUCCGGCCGAUUUGGAGUGGUCGUCUUGUUCCGGAGAGCAGAGCCAGAGGACGUGCCGAUGUGAUGCCAGAGUUCAGCUGCAAAACAAAGAUCCAAGUGUAGGAAAGCCUUGGUAGAAGGUGCAGAUUGUCGUGCGAUCCGGUCCAUCCCGUCCGGUGCCGCCAUGUUCAGGAACAGCUUGAAGAUGCUGCUGACGGGGGGCAAGGCCAACCGCAAGAGUCGCAGCAGCGAUGGUGGGAGCGAGGACCUGGCAGACCCCCGCUCGCCCGGUCUAGACCCUCACCUGAGCCACUUUGGCCAAGGUGGCAGCGUGGACAGCGACUGUGCCUUCGAGGGAGACUACGCCGCCGUGCCGGCGCUCUCCAUGGCCGAGGGCGUGCAGCACGUUCGCAUGAUGGAGGGCGUGUCACGCUCGCUGCCCUCCUCGCCGCUGCUCGGCCACCAGGCGCUCGGCGUCAGGCUGCACGCCGUCAAGAAGCUCACGGCCCCUCUGCGGAAAGGAAAGUUUGUGGAGAGCCCUCGCAUUCCGCAAUCGGAGCUCGGCUCCCCCGACCCCACCAAGAAUCCCCACCUGGACAGAUCCUGCCCAGGGGAGUCAAGCCAGGAGCUGGGCCCCCCCCCCUCGGUGGAUGAAGCAGCCAACACAUUGAUGACGCGCCUGGGAUUCCUUCUGGGAGACAAAGUGAGCGAGGGGCCAGCCGGUCCCCACUAUAGCAUGGAGGAGCCUGAGGCCAGACAGGGCCAGAACCAGAGGAUCAGCCCAUGCUCCACCCUGACCAGCAGCACUGCCUCCCCCCCUGCAGGCAGCCCCUGCUCCACCCUGCCCCCCGCCAUGCCGGGCCAGGCCGGCGCCAAGGACUGCGCCUACGGUUCCGUCACCAGUCCCACCUCCACGCUGGAGAGCCGGGACAGCGGGAUAAUUGCCACGCUGACCAGCUACUCUGAGAACAUGGAGCGCGGCGGCAAACACGGCGAGGGCUCCCGGGGCAACUUGAAGCUGUGGCAGUCGCAGAAAUCAGGCAUGGACUCCUUCUUGUACCGCGUGGACGAGAACAUGACGGCGUCCACCUACAGUCUCAACAAAAUCCCAGAGCGCAGUCUGGAGAGCAUGUCCUCCCACUCGGCCCACUCCAUCCCUCUGUACCUCAUGCCCCGCCCCAACUCUGUGGCCGCCACCAGCUCGGCCCACCUGGAAGACCUGGCAUACCUGGAUGAGCAGAGACACACGCCGCUACGCACCUCUCUGCGCAUGCCCAGACAGAGCACCACCUGUGGGCCGGGCCACUCGGGCCAGGACUUGAGAGCUUCCACCAACAACUCCCACGCCUGGCAGUCGCAGUCACUGCGUUUCACUCCGUAUCGGCCACAGGACAUCGCCCUCAAGCCGCUGCUGUUCGAGGUGCCGUCCAUCACCAUGGACUCGGUCUUCACAGGCCGGGAGUGGCUCUUUCAGGAGAUUGACGCCCACCUCAACCGGCCCACCUGCGGCAGCAGUCGCGGCGUGGUGGUGGUGGGCAACAUUGGCUUUGGCAAGACGGCCAUCGUCUCCCGCCUCGUGGCGCUCAGCUGCCACGGCACCCGCAUGAGGCAGAUCGCCUCCGACAGCCCGCAGGCCUCGCCCAAACAUGGGGAGGGGCUCCCUCUCAGCCAGCCUCAGCCCACCCACGGCACCCUGGGGGGAGGCAGCUGUCCCGGCACCCCCGAGAUGAGACGACGUCAGGAGGAGUCCAUGAGGAGGCUGGCCUCUCAGGUGGUGGCCUACCACUACUGCCAGGCGGACAACGCCUACACCUGCCUGGUGCCCGAGUUUGUGCACAACGUGGCGGCUCUGCUGUGCCGCUCACCUCACCUGGUGGCCUACAGGGAGCAGAUGCUGAGAGAGCCGCACCUCCAGAGCAUCCUGAGUCUGCGCUCCUGCGUCCAGGACCCCCUGGCCUCCUUCAGGAGGGGGGUGCUGGAGCCUUUGGACGCUCUUUAUAAAGAGAGGAAGAUCAACUCCGAGGAGGACCUCAUCGUCCUCAUUGACGGUCUGAACGAGGCGGAGUUCCACAAGCCAGACUACGGCGACACCAUCGUCUCCUUCCUCUGCAAGACCAUCAACAAGUUCCCUCCCUGGCUCAAACUGGUGGUGACAGUCAGAACCACCUUGCAGGAGAUCACCAACCCGCUGCCGUUCCACCGCAUCUCCCUGGACUCACUGGAGGAGAACGACGCCAUCGACCAGGACCUGCAGGGCUAUAUCCUGCACCGCAUCCACAGCAGCCCGGAGAUCCAGAACAACAUCUCGCUCAACGGCAAGAUGGACAACACCACUUUUGGGAAGCUCAGCGGCCACCUGAAGGCCCUGAGCCAGGGCUCCUACUUGUACCUCAAGCUCACCUUUGACCUCAUUGAGAAGGGCUACCUGGUCCUCAAGAGCUCCAGCUACAAGGUGGUUCCGGUCAACCUGGCGGAGGUGUACCUGCUGCAGUGCAACAUGCGCUUCCCCACACAGUCGUCGUUUGAGCGGGCGCUGCCCCUCCUCAACGUGGCCGUGGCGUCCCUCCACCCGCUGACCGACGAGCAGAUCUACCAGGCCAUCAACGCCGGCUCGCUGCAGGGCACCCUGGACUGGGAUGACUUCCAGCAGCGCGUGGACAACUUAUCCGUCUUUCUGGUGAAGAGGAGGGACGGCACCCGCAUGUUUGUCCACCCGUCCUUCAGGGAGUGGUUGAUAUGGCGGGAGGAAGGAGAGAAGACCAAGUUCCUGUGCGACCCCAGGAGCGGCCACACCCUUCUGGCCUUCUGGUUCUCUCGGCAGGAGAACAAGCUGAACCGGCAGCAGACCAUCGAGCUGGGCCACCACAUUCUCAAAGCACAUAUCUUCAAGGGCCUCAGCAAGAAAGUGGGCGUCUCCUCCUCCAUCUUGCAAGGCUUGUGGGUGUCCUACACCUCAGAGGGUCUUUCGGCCGCACUGUCAUCUCUGAGAAACCUCUACACGCCCAACAUCAAGGUGAGUCGUCUGCUGAUGCUGGGCGGGGCUAAUGUCAACUACCGCACGGAGGUGCUUAACAACGCCCCCGUGCUGUGCGUCCACGCCCACUUGGGCUACAUGGACAUGGUGGCACUACUGCUGGAGUUCGGUGCCUUCGCCGACGCCCCCUCUGAGAGCGGCCUCACACCGCUUGGCUAUGCCGCCGCCGGGGGCCACAUGGCCAUUGUGACGGCGCUGUGUCGCAGGCGGACCAAGGUGGACCACUUGGACAAGAACGGCCAGUGCGCGCUAGUGCACGCGGCCCUCAGGGGCCACAUGGAGGUGGUGAAGUUCCUCAUCCAGUGCGACUGGAGCGGCGGGCCACAACAGCACUCGCCACAGAGCCAGCAGCAGGCCAGCUUCACCAAGAGCUACGCCGUGCAGCAGGCCCUUGUCGCUGCCGCCAGUAUGGGCUACACGGAGAUUGUGUCCUACCUGCUGGACCUGCCCGAGAAAGACGAAGAGGAGGUGGAACGAGCGCAGAUCAACGACUUUGACUCGCUGUGGGGAGAGACAGCUCUCACAGCAGCCUCCGGUCGAGGAAAGCUGGAUGUUUGCCGCCUGUUGCUGGAACAGGGCGCCGCCGUGGCUCAGUCCAACAGACGAGGCAUCGUCCCGCUGUUCAGUGCCGUCCGGCAGGGUCACUGGCAGAUCGUGGACCUCCUACUCACGCACGGCGCCGACGCCAACCUGGCGGACAAGCAGGGUCGCACGCCGCUCAUGAUGGCUGCCUCAGAGGGACACCUGGGGACUGUGGAGUUUCUGCUCUCCCAAGGAGCCUCCCUGUCUCUGACGGACAAGGAGGGCCUGACCGCGCUCAGCUGGGCAUGCCUCAAAGGCCACCUGCCCGUCGUGCGCUCCCUGGUGGAGAGCGGUGCCGCCACCGAUCAUGCUGACAAGAACGGCCGCACACCUCUCGACCUGGCUGCCUUCUACGGCGACUCUGACGUGGUCCAGUUCCUGGUGGACCACGGGGCCAUGAUCGAGCACGUGGACUACAGUGGCAUGCGUCCUCUGGACCGUGCGGUGGGAUGCAGGAACACGUCGGUGGUGGUGGCUCUGCUCAAGAAAGGCGCCAAGAUAGGAUGUCAGACGCUGCCCAGUCGGCCCCGAGGUCCGGCCACGUGGGCCAUGGCCACCUCCAAACCCGACAUCAUGAUCAUCCUGCUCAGCAAGCUCAUGGAGGAGGGCGACGGCUUCUACAAGAAGGGGAAGGUGAAGGAGGCGGCACAGCGCUAUCAGUACGCCCUCAAAAAGUUCCCGCGCGAAGGCUUCAGCGAGGACCUCAAGACCUUCAGGGAGCUGAAAGUUUCUCUCUUCCUCAACCUGUCCCGAUGUCGGAGGAAAAUGAACGACUUCGGGAUGGCUGAGGAGUUUGCCACCAAGGCUCUGGAGCUGAAACCCAAAUCCUACGAGGCCUACUACGCCAGGGCCCGGGCCAAGCGUAGCAGCAGGCAGUUCCCAGAAGCCUUGGAGGACCUGAGUGAAGCCAUGAGGCAGUGCCCCAACAACCGCGAGAUCCAGCGGCUGCUGCAGCGCGUGGAGGAGGAGUGUCGCCAGCUGAGCCAGGGCGGGGAGCACCAGCAGACAGACCUGGAGCUGGAGCCGCCCCCCUCCCCUCCUCCGACACCUCCCCCAGAGGAGGACACCCUGUCCCUCUCCAUGCCGCUCCCGCCACCCCCAGAGCCCCGUCUGGAGGACAUGGAGCCCGUUCAAGACCUCUUUGAGGACGAGGACUACCUGGAGCAGGAGCUAGAGGCCAUGUCUAUGGGCCUGCCCCUGCCUGAGUCCCUCACCAACCCUUCCAGCCUCCCCAUUAUACAGAGCCCCCCACUGUCCCCCACGCACCCAGACCAGAUCUACCUUGCAGGAGGUUCUCCAAUGGGCCAGCCUUAUGAGUAUCAUCCCACCUCAUCCUCCAUGUCCUCCCCGACCCGCGGCUCCUACCAGACCACGCCGCCCUCCCUCUCCCCGACGCAUCACAACUCCCAUUAUCGGCACAGCCCGCCCCACACCUCCCCAGUGCACCAGCCGUCAUACCGCUUCAGCCCGCCCCCCAUGGGCGGCCAGGGGAUGGACCGCCAGAGCCCUCCGCCUUCGCCUCUGCGUCGGGCUGCCCAGUACAGAGCCAGUCCACCCAUGGAGAGCGUUUGUCUCUACAGGUCCCAGUCUGGCUCGCCUGUGCGCUACCAGACGGAGCAGCACCCUGGUCGCCCCAAAUCCCCCCUGUCCAAGAUGAGCAACCAGCGGUCCUUCCAGCUCAGCUCCCAGCCCUCCUUGUCGUCCCAGCACCACCAAGCCCAAGGCCUUCGUCUUCAGCCCUCCAUUGCCCAGAUUGUGCGGACAAACCAGCCCAGCAGUGUGAUGGGCAACAGCGGCUACGUGGGCCAGAUGGGCCAUUCCAUGGGGAAUCGGUACCAGGGCGGCUCGGUGGAUGUGGACAACCGACUGGUGUACCAGCCUUCCCUGGACGGGCGCUCCAUGUCCCAGGUGCAGGCCAGCCUCAGCUCUGGUGCCCUCUGUCAGCACGGCGGCCGAGGAGGGGUCAUGGAGUCGGGCCUGUUGAAGGACGAGCUACCCCAGCGCCCCUCCUCUGCCUACCGCGCCAGCAGCGGGGCCCCGGCCGGCAUGCGUUACAGCCAGACACCUCAGAUCAGUCGCAGUCAGUCGGCCGCCUACUACCCCGUCUCUGAGCACGUGCUGGAGCGCGCUAACGCCAUGCCUCCCUGCCAGCUGGGCUCCCCCGAGAUCCCGCAUAUGGUGAGACGUCCUGUCAGUGCCAACACCACCGAGAUGAAGCCGCACGUGCCCACGCCCAGGCCCCUCAUCCACUCCCAGAGCGUUGGCCUUCGGUUCUCCCCCUCCAGCAACAACAUCUCCACCGGAUCCACCUCCAACUUGGCGCCAAGCUUCAGGCCUUCAGAGAUCCCCUUGCAGCCCGCCUAUGAGCGCCCCUGCGACGACAUCUCGCCCAUCUCUCCCUCGCAGGGUGGAGGGGGGCUGUAUCAGGGCGAGCCCCCACGUUCUCGUAACACCCCCUUCAUGGGCGUUAUAGACAAGACGGCGCGGACUCAGCAGUACCUGCAUCAGCCCUCACGGUCCCGUGCCAUGACAUCCAUGGACUCGGCCAUCAGCCCCACCUCUCCUAGCCAGCUGGUCCAGCAGGGCUCCACUUACAGCCCCCCCACCUCUCUGGGCAACAUCGCCUACUACAAUAAGACCAACAAUGCGCAGAAUGGACACCUGCUGGAGGAGGACUACUACUCCCAGACUCCGCCCCCCUUGCUGGGCAAGCUUGCCAAUGGCUCGCGCGGCACGGGGGACAUCCUGGAGCGGGUGAGCCAGGUGCCCACCUACCCCGACGUAAAGGUGGCCAGGACUCUGCCUGUGGCACAGGCCUACCAGGACAACUUGUACCGCCAGCACUCCCGGGACUCCCGCACCCAAGGGCCCACCUCCCCCAUCAAACCAAAGAGACCGUUUGUGGAGUCCAACGUGUGAUUGGACCGCCAGGAACUUUUCGGCAGGCAGCAGCAGGACUCAACUUGAAGAACUCCGACACUUGAAAGGGUCUUGACUCGACUGACAGCUACGCUUUGACUUCACCAUCUAAUAAAACGUUCCAGGUUCUGACGACGACCACCGAUGCGCUUCUUCCAAAAAAAAAAAUGCUGAGUGGCGACACGUGGGACGGGGACUGGGUGGGGCGGGGGGUGUGUUUAAACUCCUAGGACUCUUCAUCUGGUGUUCUUUCAAAGUGUGCUCUUCACCACGGUUGCUCGAUGUAAUACAGUAUUCUAUGUCCUAUAGUGUACAUGGCUCCCAAAUACACACAACGCAGUACUUAUAGAGGAAAAGUGACGAUAUUUAUAAUUAAGUUAUACCUGUAUAUUGUACAUAGAGGUCAAAGGAAGCAUAGUUGCCUUCGCGCCGCCGCCGCCACUGCUGCUCGUACAAGGAAGGAGGGACAGACGCUCACCGAUUCCAGAAUUGAAUCGAAUCUCAAGCUAAUGAGUCGCUUGGUUGGUUGCUUUGGUUGUGCACAGAGCAGGAAGUGCAUGAAUGUACCUUUUUAGCUGCAAAAAAUGUAAAAAAAAAACAAAAAACAUUUGAGCGUGGGUGAAAGACGUUUGUCCCUCCUGGCUUUACGACAUCCACCUUCAUCCCGCCUCCUUUGCUUUCUCCGCCGCCGCCACCGCCUGCUGGGUUGCCAACUAAACGGCCCAUUUUACCUUUUUAUUUUUGUAUGACUCGUGGAGCCGUGGAGAAAGCGGGCGUGCGAGCGGCGAUGUCUCAUCACUGCGGGAAACAGCGGCGAGAAAAGGAAGUUUUUAAGACGAUGAAGAUGUAUAGACUUUCUAGCACAAGUUGUACAUAGCGGCCGCUUAAAGGUUAAUGAUGUUUGGACUUUGCGGCGUCUAAAAGUCAAAUGAAUAUCUUAACGGGAGUUCCACCUGGUACCGGAGAUGUCCCGCUUAUCUUUACCAAGAUGAAGGUAUAACGUGUAUUAUACUUACUUUGAUCUUCUACAUUGAAGGGUGUAUGGUUCAAGUGUGUGUGUGUGUGUUAGCUGGCUGUAAAUAGUCUGAUGCAUGUUCUAUUCUUCUCAAGCGGAAACAACAUGUAUAGCAGGCUGGUGUGUCCCUCAUCCUCCCCCUUUGUCCUUCUUUUCUUAUUAUUUCCUUGGCGUAUUUGCUUGCUGAGCAGAGUUCUCUUGUCUGUACAUGUGAGCUUUCAGAUCGCUGUGAGAAAAAAGAAAUAACUAUUAAAAAAACAAAGUUAAACAGAAUGUGUUUUUAUCUCAUACUAACUGAUUGUAACCGGUACAGUAAAAAUGGUGUGUGGGGGAAAAUAACAUUAUUUGUAAAUGGUUAGCUGCUGAAACACGGUAUGUUUAUUUUGAACAUUUUGAUUAGUCAUUAUUUUUAAUUGCUUUUUUUUAAACAUUUUUAUUUAAGUUUUUUUCUUACACUUUAUAUUUUUAUUGAAGUCAUUUUGAAUUUUAUAUUUACACUUUUAGCAUUAUUUUCUAAUGAAGGCAUUUUUAUUUAUUACUUUUUACAUUUUGUUUGUCAUUUUUAUUUUUUUAACUUUCCUUAGUCAUUGUUUAAAAUGUUCUAAAGUCUUUUUUACACUUGUCACUUAUAUUUGCAUUCAUUUUACCUUUUUUUACACUAAGUCUUUUUUAUUUUUCACAGAUUUGUAUUUAUUUGUUUACUGCCUAUCACCUUUUGAAACAUUCAUAGACAUAUCUUUUGAAACAUUCAUAGACAUAAUUACAUGUCCAAAGUGCAUUUUAGAGGAAUUUAAGAAGGAAAUGUCAAGGAAAUGAGGAAUAACAUGAUACUGCAUCCAUACAAAUAAUGUCUGCAACCCACUUAGUUGAGAACCAUUGGUGCUCAAAGCCAUAUAUAUAUAUAUUCAUAUCAAAUCAAUCUAUAGCAUAAAAACCCUGUACAAUUAUUAUUAUUGCCGUCCCCCAUGGUGAAAGUACUCUAGUCCCUCUUCUUGCGUGUCACAAGGUGCACCAGUCCGGGCACCAGUGCCAUCACGAUGGGAGGCACCGCGGCGAACUUGACGAAGAUCAGCGAGUAGUAGAGCGCCGGCGGCUGCACGGGCAGCGGCAGGCGGUAGACGUGGUACAAGCCCAUGGACGAAAGGGCCAGAGACAAAGCCUGCGGCGCCCACGGCAAGCGCCAGCCACCGGGCUUCCAGUACUCCGCCAGGCCCAAACCCAGCAGGAUCCCGCAGUCCCGGGUCAGAGAGGAGAAAGGGGCCACGUCGG